AUGGCUCCAGGAGGACGCGUGCGUAAGGAGCUCGAAGAGUGUCAGAAAGACUCGGACCUGUCCGGCGUCACAGCCGAGCCUGUGAACGCCGCGUCGCUCUCAGAAUUGCGCGGCUCCAUCCAAGGGCCCGAAGCCACGCCGUACGAUGGUGGCCACUUCGAGCUGGAAAUCAUCAUCCCACCCAAAUACCCAUUCGAGCCCCCGCAAAUGCGCUUCUUGACCAAGAUUUGGCACCCCAACAUCUCGUCACAGACUGGUGCCAUUUGUCUGGAUAUCCUCAAGGACGCGUGGUCGCCUGCGCUGACUAUUAAGACGGCGCUGCUGUCCAUCCAAGCGCUACUAUCCGCUGCAGAGCCGACAGACCCACAGGACGCCGAGGUGGCAAAAAUGUAUCUCCACGACCACGAGCAGUUCCUCAACACUGCGCGCUUCUGGACUGAAAGCUACGCCAAACAGACCGAAACAGGAGACGACGCUGCACUCUCCAGACUCCUCGACAUGGGCUUCCCCGCUGAUCAGGCAAAAGCAGCACUGCAAGCAGCAAACGGUGACGAGAACGCUGCGAUCGAAAAACUAGUCAGCAGCAUGUAG